AUUGCCGCGGGUCGGACCAGUUUAGAGCGGAGACACAGACACAGACAGUCUCCCUGUCCCCUGAGGCAGUCCUCCGGCGUUGGGAUUCUCUUGGCCUGCGUUAGCACCGGCUUCAGAUGGGCAAGAGCUGCAAAGUGGUGGUUUGCGGCCUGGCGUCCGUUGGGAAAACCGCCAUUCUGGAACAGCUCCUGUACGGAAACCACUCCGUCGGCUCUGAAACAAAUGAAACGCUGGAGGAUAUUUACGUGGGCUCCGUAGAGACGGACCGCGGUGUCCGGGAGCAGGUGCGUUUCUACGACACCAGAGGCCUGAGGGAAGGCUCGGAGCUUCCCAAGCAUUACUACUCCUUCGCUGACGGCUUCGUGCUGGUGUACAGCAUCGACAGUCGGGAAUCCUUCAAGCGAGUCGAAGCCCUCAAGAAGGAGAUCGACCGAUCCCGGGACAAGAAAGAGGUGACGAUCGUGGUCCUGGGGAACAAGUGUGACCUUCAGGAGCAGCGGAGGGUGGAUCAAGAAGUGGCCCAGCACUGGGCCAAGACGGAGAAGGUGAAACUGUGGGAGAGCUCGGUGGCAGAACGCAAGACUCUGAUCGAGCCCUUCGUGCACCUGGCCAGCAAGAUGACACAACCUCAGAGCAAGUCCACCUUCCCUCUCAGCCGCAAGAAGGGCAGCGGCUCGAUCGACACCUGAAGCCUGAGUUUUGAGACCUCCCGACGUCGCAAAGCCGUAGCCAUUCCUCUACAUCCUUUCUCCCUCUGAGGGCUUUGUACGUUCUACACAUGUGCUGUGUAUAUAUAUACCCGUUUGUUUCGCCCACAAGAUGUACAGCCACUUCACUUGACAGCGUAUUUCUGUGAAGCACUUUGAGACGUCUCGAAGACAUGAUAGGGCUCUGUAGCAAAUGCAAGGAUUAUUAUUAUUUAUUAUUGAUACCCUCCGCACAGCUCCCAGGAACUGGGCGAAGUUCCGGGGGCUUGCGGCUGAGGAAUUUCCUGAAUGUUAUUAAACCCGUCGACGUU